AAUCUCUACAAGCAACUUUCUUCAAUAAACUACAACACAUUCAAAAAAUGACUCCCAUACAAUUACUAGUAUUACUUCUUAGUUUAGUUAUAUCAUCCUCCAACCCUUCCUUGGCUAACCUUUUGCUACACACCUAUCACCGCCCACAAGCAUUGCAUAUCCAACGUAGACAAUCGAUACUUCCGAUUGUGGCAGUGGCAUUGUCGCCUAGUCCGAUGCAUUACUUGCUACCAACAAGACUUAAUGGCAUGACACCGCUCACGAACAAUCAACCACAACGAUCGCAUGUCAACACACUGCCACUAGAUUUAGAGAAAAUACAACAACCAACACCUCUCUACAUACCACAUCUUGUUGAGGAUGUUCGACCAUCAUCAUCAUCUGACAACAGUCAAACUCCAUUUGAAGAACUACCACCGUUACUUGAUCCUCUCGAUGAUCCACCUAUUGAUGAACAACUACCACAAACUUCGGUUAACAUGCCACCACCAAGUGAUCAACCACCAUAUAUAAUAGAUCCGAUUGACGAUCCACCCUUUGAGGAAGAACCACCAAUAAACCCAAUUGACAUGCCACCACCAAGUGAUGAACAACAACCACAAACUUCAAUAAACAUGCCACCACUAGUUAAGGAUCAACCACCACAAACUUUUGUCGACAUAGCACCAUCAGUUGAUCAACAACCACCUAUAGUAGAUCCGAUUGACGAUCCACCCUUUGAGGAGGAACCACCAAUAAGUCCUAUUGACAUGCCACCACCAAGUAGUGAACAACGACCACACACUUCAAUCGAUUUGCCAGCACCAGUUAAGGAUCAUCCAACACAAACUUUGGUCGACAUAGCACCAUCAAUUGAUCAACAUCCACCUAUAGUAGAUCCGAUUGACGAUCCACCCUUUGAGGAGGAACCACCAAUAAGUCCCACUUACAUGCCACCACCAAGUAGUGAUCAACCUAUACAAACUUCAGUCGACAUGCCACCACCAGUUAACGAUCAAACACCACAAACUUUAGUCAACAUACCACCAUCAGUUGAUCCACAACCCCAUGUAAUAGAUCCGAUUGAUGAUCCACCCUUUGAGGAAGAACCACCGCAAGUUCCAAUUGAAUUGCCACCACCAAGUGAUAAUCAACCGCCACAAACCUCAAUCACGCCACUAUUAAUUAGGGAUCAACCACCACAAUCUUUGAUUGGCAUGCCAUUGUUAGUUGAUCAACAAUCACCUAUAAUAGAUCCUAUUGACGAUCCACCAUUUGAAGAUGAACCAUCAGAAAGUCCAAUUGACAUGCCACCACUAAGUGAUGAUCAAUCGCCAGAGUCUCCUAUCAAUAUACCACCACUAGUUGAUCAACAACCACCAAUAAUAGAUCCGAUUAACAAUCCACCUAUCAAUGAUGAACCAACACAAAGUCCGGCUCACAUGUCACCACCAAGUGACGAUAAACCGCCAGAAACUCCUUUGGACAUGCCACCACCAAGCGACAAUCAACCAUCACAAGCGCCCUCUAGCAUGCUACCACCUAGUGACGACCAACCGCCACAAGCUCCAUCUGAAAUGUUGCCACCAAGGGACAAUCAACCACCACAAGCUCCCUCUAGCAUGCCACCACCAAAUGACAAUCAACCACCACAAACUCCCUCUGAAAUGCGGCCACCAAGCAACGAUCAACCACCACAAGCUCCCUCUAGCAUGCCGCCACCAAUCAACGAUCAACCGCCACAAGUUCCAUCUAAAUUGACACCACCAAGCAACGAUCAACAACCACAAGCUCCCUCUGACAUGCCGCCGUCAAGCGACGAUCAACCCCCACAAGCUCCGGCUAACAUGCCACCACCAAGCGCCAAUCAACCGCCACAAGCUCCCGCUGACAUGCCACCACCAAGCGACAAUCAACCGCCACAAGCUCCCGCUGACAUGCCACCACCAAGCAAUGGUCAACCGCCACAAACUCCCGUUGACAUGCCGCCAAUAAGAGAUGAUCGACCACCACAAACUCCCCUUGACAUGCCACCACCUAGUGAUGAUCAACCAUCACAAACUCCCAUCAUGCCACCAAGUGAUGAACAGCCACCACAAGCUUCGACUGGCAUGUCAUCACCAUCUAAGGCUCAACCACCACAAACUUCCACUACACUGCCACCAGCCAUUAAGAAUCAACCACCUAAAAAUCUGAGCUUCAGACCACCAUCCAUUAAGAAACAUCGACCAGUAACUAUUCCAUACAAACCAAUGCCACGUAAAUGGAGACCAUUUGCUCCUCGAAGUCGUUUCCCACAUCACCCCUCAUACAAGUGGCAUCCACCUAACACUAAUGGUGAUUGGUCUGACGAACCAAGUCAUUAAAAGUAUUGAUGCAUGCAUGCAUUUGUUCUAUUUCAAAUAACGGUUGAUGUGCAAGAAAGAUGUAUGUUAUGUUCCAUGCAUAACUAGGUUUUGUUUUCAUUAUAUGUAUUGACUUUAUAUUGUACGAUGCAACUACUUUUUGCACAUGAUAUUUAAUAUUCGAAGU